UGAUUUCGCGCCGUUCGGAAUCACCGGAAGUGAGGAACAGCAACUGGCGGACGGCGGGUUUGUGUUGUUUUUCUCGCGAAUAAACAUUUUUAACGGCUUCAGAAUGCGGGGGGAUGAGACCGACUCUGACAGAUCAGAUGAAGGCAGUUUGAUUCAGAGAAGCUUUGAAACACUUUGUCAAGAAUUAAAUAUGGAUGAAGAGACGGCGACGGAGGCGAUACAGAACUUUACUUCUAUUUGGAAUACAUAUACUCUGGAGGGUGAGGUGAUGCACUGGUUGGCCUGCUCUCUGUAUGCAGCUUGUAGAAAAACUUCGACUCCCACUGUUGGCAGUGGCAUGGUGGAAGGCAAUUGUGUCUCUCUCACCAGAAUACUACGUUCCUCCAAACUAAGCCUGAUUCAGUUUUUCAGCAAGAUGAAGAAAUGGACAGAUAUGUCAAAUCUCUCACAGGAUUUCUAUAACCGCCUAAGCUGUCUUGAGAGGAAUUUUGAAGUGUCAACUGUAAUCUUUCGGAAAUUUGAGCCAAUAUUUUUGGACAUGUUCCAGAAUCUUCAAGGUGAACCACCAAGGCAGCCAAGAGGCAGGAAGCAUAGGCAUCAUCUCUGCCACACUACUGAUGUUUUCAAGUUCUCCUGGACGCUGUUUGUGUACACUAAAGGCAAUUUCCAUAUGAUUGGAGAUAAUCUGGUCAACUCGUAUCAUCUCCUUUUGUGCUGUCUGGACCUGGUCUAUGGUAAUGCUCUACUCUGUGCCAACAAGAAAGUCCUCAUCAAUCCACAUUUCAAAGGUUUGCCAACAGAUUGUGGAAGCUCAGGAGAAGCUCCGUGCAUGCUUGAGCAUUUGUGCGAACUGCACGAUGGUCUAGUUGUUGAGGCGAAAGGAAUAAAAGAGCACUACUUUAAACCUUACAUCAGACGUCUAUUUGAGAAAAAAAUUCUUAAAGGAGACAAGGACACGCUUACUGGGUUACUGGACACUCCAAACUUCCAAGAUAAUAACAAAGCCAUAAAUCGUGAAUAUGAAGAAUAUGUCCUGACGGUGGGUGAUUUUGAUGAGCGAGUGUUUUUGGGCGCUGAUGCAAACGAAGAGAUUGGCACACCACACAAAAUUACCCCAAAGCCACCAUCCAGUCAAUUGUCAGCCCGAAUGCAGGUGGAGAACAACCUUCAGCAGCACUUUGAGAAGACGCGUUCGCUGGCCCCUUCCACUCCACUUACAGGGCGUAGGUACUUGAAGGACAAGGAGGUGCUGAUUACACCCGUUUCUUCAGCUACUCAAAGUGUGAGUCGCCUGCAGAGCAUGGUGUCUGGCCUCUGCAAUGUCCCUACCAAUGACCUGCUGCAGAUCUUCAAGUCUUGUUCUCCUGACCCCACUGAAGCCAUUUUAAAUCGUGUGAAGCAGCUCGGAGAGACUUUUAAACAGGCCUACACCAAACACGCAGAUGAUCUUCCGGGAGCUCAUAUGGACUUUGCAGAAAACCAUCUGAAGAUAGCGGAAAUAUUGUAUUUUAAGAUUCUGGAGAAUGUUAUGGCUCAAGAGAUUAAGAGACUCCAGGGUAAAGAUAUGACUGGGCUGUUAGAACAGCAUGUGUUCCACUGUUCUCUUUUGGCCUGCUGCCUGGAGGUUGUGCUGUUUGCUUACAAUUCUCAACGAACCUUCCCUUGGAUUUUAGAAACCUUUGAGCUUGGACCAUUCCAUUUUUAUAAGGUGAUAGAAGUGUUCAUCCGCUCUGAGGAGGGCCUCUCUAGAGACAUGGUGAAGCAUUUGAAUGUUGUGGAGGAGCAGGUGCUGGAAAGCAGGGCUUGGACCAAAGACUCAGUACUGUGGGAGGCAUUAGAGAAUGCUAAUUCUAAAGUCCCUACUGUAGCAGAGGUAAAUUUUCCUACUAGUCUUGAUUCAGGCCGCAAUAUUGGGGGAACCACCCACCUUCCUCUGGUGGCUCUGUCACCAAUCAUGCACCCUCGUCUCCGAGAGGUCCGCACUGGCCUGGGCUCCAGUGCUCACAAAGAUGCUCCUCCAUCUCCCAUCUCUCUUCAUGACCGCUUCAGUUCUCCAGCGGCAGGCAGUGCCAAAAGGCGUUUGUUUGGUGAUGGUCCUCAACAUCAGUCUCCUGUAAAGCGAAUAUCUGUCACCCCUGUGAAAAUCAUACCCAGCACCUCUACAGAUAACAGCCAGGACACAACCACAGCAACUAUCCUCUCCAUGGCAACUACUAAUGGCCAGCAGCUCAACAUCCCUUUGCCAGUGAUGAAGAAUGACAGGGGAAGCAUCACGGUAAUCCAGGUACAAGCGAACCAGCUGAGCCCCCUCACCUCUCAGGUGCUGCUCACCUCCCCAAUCAAAGCCUCUGAGGUACAUGCACUGCCAGCCAACCGACCACGCCGUGCAGGAUCCCUUGCACUUUUUUUCCGCAAGGUGUAUCAUUUAGCAAGUGUACGUCUCCGAGAUCUAUGUCUAAAGCUGGACAUCUCUACUGAGUUAAGGAGCAAAAUCUGGACAUGCUUUGAGCAGUCUUUGGUCCACUGCACAGACAUGAUGAAGGAUAGACAUCUGGAUCAGCUCUUGCUCUGUGCAGUCUACAUCAUAUCCAAGGUCUCAAAAGAAGAGCACACUUUUCAAGACAUAAUGAAAUGCUAUCGGAGUCAGCCUCAAGCAAGCAGCCAUAUAUACCGCAGUGUGCUGCUGAGGAAAAGUGUCCAAGAACAGCAAACUGAUGACAAAAUGGAGGUUGAUCCACCAACAGAUCAAACCAUUGGCAGGACAGAUCAAGGUGCCAAAGCUAAGGCUGACAGCGAAUCAGGCGAGGACAGGGGUGGCCUCAUCCAAUUCUACAAUUCUGUUUAUGUUCUGAAAAUGAAAUCUUUUGCACUCAGAUAUGCUCAUCCAGCAGCUGAUAAUAGAGUGGAGGCUCCCCCAUUGUCUCCAUUCCCCUCACUGCGAGCUCAGCCUCUCUCCCCACGGCGAAUAUCUCAGAAACACUCCAUCUAUCUUUCUCCUCACAAAAAUGGUUCCUGCCUCAAACCUAGCUCUGCCUACACAUACAAGUUUACUGGCAGCCCAUCUAAGGAGCUGAGUGACAUCAACCGAAUGAUCCGUCAGGGAACUGUGAGCAAAAAGAGAGCUUUUACCAUGGAGGGGGAUGAGACAGGGUCUCCCACGAAACGUUUGAGCCAGGAGAGUGAGGACGUGCUGCUCAAACGCCUGCAGGAUGUUGUUACUGAGCGAGCCAAUCAUUGACUGAUCAUGCACAUGAUUCAUGUUUCACCUGUUAGUAACAUUCAAAGAUAAAUUACAAUGCAGCAUGGCCUUUAUAACCAAAGAGUAAUUCUCAGAGCUGGUCAGGGUGCUGAGCCAGCUAAUCAUGUUACAGUAUUAUAGAAACCUAAAUUGUGGGCUUUGUUAGAAUUUCAGGCUCCUUGUGAAAAUUAGGGAAGUACUUGGACAUCAAUUUCAAUCAUUCUCAAAUGGCAGGAACACAUUGGCAACACACAUUGGUUAACCAGAGACUGUACAUUACUUUAUGUUGCCACUAUGCUAUCUAAAGCGUCACUCGCAGCACUCGGGGGGGUGGUAUACGUUAGGGUAUAUAAACUGGGCUUAAUUGAUUAUUUUACUGAGCACUUCAUUAGUGUGUUCAAGCAUUGUACUUUGUGCUGCAAACACAUGUAGCACUGUAUUGUGUUGUGUAGUAUCUACAUAUCAGUGAGGGUUUUUUUUUUUUUUUUUUUUUUUUUUUAAAUCCAAGUCAUGUUAUUUCACUCAGGUGGAGAAAUUUGUGUUCUUAUAUUCAUCACUAAUAGUGUUUUUAUAUGUAAUAUCAAUCUAACCUAAGCCUUGGAUGCUUUGGCUUGAACAAAGUUAGGGUUUACAUGGUCUCUGUGGUCGCUGUGAUUGCUCAUUUUAUUCUUAUUUUUAUUCAUUUUUAGUGGUUUGUUUCCACUGUAAUGGAGCAAGUAAAUAUUUUAAAAACCUGAACUUUUUGGAAUAUUCUCAGGAACGGUGUUUCAUUUUUGGACUGAAUAAUUGUAGGGUGAGGGUCAAAUCUUAUCCUUCUGAGGAUGUUGUUGGUAAAACAAAUAGUGUGGGUGUUGGGAUGAUAUUUCUGUUUAGAAUAGUGAUUUUGAAUGCCUUGUAAACACACAGCCAAUAAAUUAUUGGUUAAAAGGCUUAUUGUAAUUGCUUGAAAACCAAAAAUCUCUAGACUAUGCAAAUUUGCAUAUCUCUCUGCUUCUGAUUGUACACACAAGUUCAAAAUUACUUGGCAUGUCUGGUAAGAAUAAUUCAUGUACACUCACUGAGGACUUUAUUAGGAACACUAUACUCUAGGUAGGGCCUCUCUUUGCUCUGAAAACAGCUUCAGUUCUUCAUGGCCUGUAUUCCACAAGAUAUUGAAACCAUUGUUUUGAGACUCUGGUCCAGGUUGACAUGAUUGCAGAUGCACUUUCAUGCUGUGAAUCUCCUGUUCUACCACAUCCUAAAGGUGUUCUUUUGGAUUCAGUGACUGGGAAGGCCACUGAAGAACACUGAACUCAUAAAACUAUGAUUUUUGUUUUGUGAUAUAGUACAUCAUCAUGCUGGAAGUAGCCUUUAGAAGAUGGUAAAUUGUGGCCAUGAAAGGAAGCAUAUGGCAUUCAAGCGAUGAUUGGCAUUAACAGGACUAAAAAAAAAAAAAACAUUCCCCACACCACUGCACUAUGCCUAUAAAUCUGGAGUGUUGACACAAGGCAGGUUGGGUCCAUGAAUUCAUGCUGUUGGUGCCAAAUUCUGACUCUACCCCUCUGUAUGUCUCAGCAGAAACCAUCGAACCAGGCUAUGUUUUUCCAGUCUUUAACUGUCCAGUUUUUGUGAACCUGUGCCCACUGCAACCUCAGCUUUCUGUUCUUGGCUGACAGAAGUGGAACUUCUGUCUUGGUCUUCUGCUGUUGUAGCCCAUCUCCCUCAAGGUUCAAUGUGUUGUGUGUUCUGAGAUGCUUUUCUGCUCACUACAAUUGUAGAGUGGUUAUCAGUCAAGGUUUCUGUAAUUUCACUGUGACAGCUUUAAUGUGUUUGACCUUCUUGUGAGCAUGAAGGAGUAGAGUCAAUCUGUGUGUAUGACUACCAUAAUGCCUUGUAUUUCAGUUGUAAAUAAUGUUACUGUCCAUCCGCAGAUGUUGGUCCCAUGGAAAUACUUUGCAUAGCAUUAUAGCAUUCUAACCUGAUGGAUGGAUAGCUCCAUCCAUCCACCCAUCCCAAGCUGGAAAAUACUGGUCAAAUAUUUCUGCUUCAGGAACGCUGAGCUGAAAUGAGAUGUGCACCAAAUGAGCUGUGUUCUGUUCUACUUGCAAACAGAACUUCUGAGCAUACAUAAAGCCUGUUCUCCAAACUAAAAUAAAUCCAAACUGAGUUUGA